UAUAAAUACGUUUGACAGUUGUAACUACUUGGACACCGCAAAGCUAAAAAACUAUUAAUAAGAGCUGUUCUCGCUCUUCCGGGUUGAUAAUGAAAUCGAGUACAAACGCAAUGAAAUGUUUUCCCAAUUUGUACGGAUUAAAGUAGUGAGGAGUUUCUUUCUAAUUAAUGUUUUAAUUGCGUCAACACAAGGCUUUCGCGAUGAAGCGGAGCUUCGAAGCCUGGGAGAAAAAGAAUUGCAAAGAAUUAAAGAAAAAGCAGAAUUGUCGAAUCAUGGAGAGUGCUGGCACAAUGCAUUGAGAGCUAUCAAAACUAGUUGUGACAAGCUCAACGACAAUGAGCAUUCAAUUUUAGCUCUGCAUUUAGCAAAUUGUUUUUUAGAAGAUUCAGGACAUGAUGUGUAUUCAUGUCACUUGAAAGAUAGUGAAAAAGAAAGGAGACAAUGUAUCAACACAAUGACAGAUAGGGCCUUUGGAGUCUACAAUGAAUUUUAUAUUUAUUCUUCUCACAUUUGUACCUUCUUGAACCAUGAACUUUGGCAAGCGGAAACUCAUAAUACUAUAAAAAACUUAUAUGAAGCCUCUUCACUCAUGAAGAAACAACUUUUAGAAGCAUCUCAAAUGCAAGGUGAGAUGUUAGAGAGUCAGAGAGAAGGUUUAAAAAUUCAAAAUCAGCUUUUGGAUAAUGGAAAAGAAUUGGAAAGCGUCAUACAAAAUUCUUCAAAAUCUGUAAUGGAUAUGGUUUACAGUUUCAAAGAAUCAGUAAAUGAUCAAAAAGAACUAUUAUUUCAAAUAUUUUCCAAUCUUGAGGCAUUUCAGAACUGGAUCAUUAGCGAAGUGUCGUGGUGUCAAUCAAUAUUAUACUAUUCAGUCAGCUGCAUAUUAUCAGCAUUAUUUACUUCUUCAAAAAAAACAUCUAAUGCAAGAAUUGUAUUAUUUACAACACAUAGUGUUAAUGUUAUAUUAGAGAGAAUGUUGAUCCAGCAUUAUGAUAAUAUUCCAAGUCAUAUGAACGAUGAUAAAAUUAAUAUAGUAUAUUAUGUAUGGCUCAUUAGAAAAACAGCAUUGCUUGUUUGUUUAUUAAGUCUCUUUUAUGCUUAUUUUUCUUAUAAAGACGAAUAUACUGAAAAUCAUAGAGUUCUAAAGCGAAUAGAGCAUCAUUUAGAUAACUUACAAAGUAUUACUCGAACUUCAGAAACAUCAACAAUAAGAUACUCAAAAAGGUUGGCUUUAAAAAGAAUAAAAAGUACAGGAGAAUCUUUGCACCAAACAUCUGAAAAAAUUGAAAAUCUGAUCAUUAAAAAUAAUGAUGCUAUGUGAAAAUGUAAUCUCAAUGGAACCUUGAGCUGUUACUGUACUCGGUAAAGAGUAUUUUCAUAAUUGUAUAUAUAAAAUUGUAUAUAAAAUAUAUUAUUUUCUUAAA